UGCACGUGAAUUUUUCGAGAAUUGGAGCUUGAACCAGACGCUUUCAAAGGGAUAGGUAGCUUGCAGCUGCCCGUUCGCACUUGGCACCUUUCCACGAUCGUAAAGCUCUUUGGCAGAAAGCAAUUAGGAAUUUCGGGAGCACCAUGCACAUUGUUGUGUCGAAAAAGUGAAGCAAUUGUUAAGGUUUGAGGAGCUUGAUUCCAAAAUUAAAUGGCGCGUCUUUUGAAGGAAGGUCUUCUUUUGCGUAAGCUAAACAGCACCGCGAGAGGGAGUGCACGCAAAGCUGCAAGAGCCCUGGCGUCUACUAGCUGGCAUAGUCCAAAUGGUAGCAGAGAUGUUAAUGACAACAACCUAGCAGGCUGUGCUCACAUUGGCACAGAGCCAGCGCUUAGCAACGGCAGCCAGUUUGACCUCAAUUGGCAGCAAAGUGCACAACCACCAGAUUGUCAAGAGUCUGGGGUUUCUACAAAGAGUGGACGCCGCAAAACCUUCGGCCUCUCAAACAAGUCUGCUUUCAGGGCAAGACGCCAACUAGAGGGAAGGUUUGCAGACUUCCGGCCCUGUGGAGCAUUGGGUGUGAUUGCACCUGCUGGGACACUGUUUGGCACAGAAGGUGGUGCUACUCAGGACCGGGACAAGUUCACACAAUUCUAUCUAGGGAGAGGAUAUGCAACGGCUGGUCAGCCGAAUGCAGCAGCUGCUGAGGCAAGGCCAGCUUCAUCAGAUAAAAAGCUUUUCAACAAGAUUCUGAUUGCAAACCGUGGCGAGAUCGCCUGCCGCGUCAUCAAAAGCUGCCGACGCUUAGGGAUCAAAACCGUUGCAGUGCACAGCGAACCAGAUGCGGAUGCACUCCAUGUCAGAAUGGCAGAUGAGGCUGUCUGCGUGGGCCCUGCAGCUUCCACCAAGAGCUAUCUGAACAUUGAUGCGAUCCUGGCUGCGUGCAAGAGCACCGGAGCAGAAGCGGUCCAUCCUGGGUACGGCUUUCUGUCCGAGAACUCUGCCUUUGUGGAACGGCUGGAACAGGAGGGAAUCAAGUUCGUGGGUCCAACUUCGUCGGCUAUUGCCGCCAUGGGGGACAAGAUUGAGAGCAAGGAACUGGCCAAACGGGCCCGCGUCAACACGAUCCCGGGAUUUCCUGACGUCAUCCGGGAUGCUGCGCACGCCGCAGAAGUUGCCAAGGCGGUUGGCUACCCGGUCAUGAUGAAGGCUUCGGCGGGAGGGGGAGGAAAGGGCAUGCGCAUUGCUUGGAGCGAGAAGGAGGUGAUGGAGCAGUAUAACGUGUGCCACGAUGAGGCGGUGUCUAGCUUCGGCGACGGGCGCAUCUUCAUCGAAAAGUUCAUUGAGCAGCCGCGGCACAUCGAGAUCCAGCUGAUAGCUGAUUCGUUCGGCAACACAUUCUAUCUACCCGAGCGGGAGUGCUCCAUUCAACGAAGAAACCAGAAGGUCAUCGAGGAAGCCCCGAGUACUUUCAUCACCCCCGAGACCCGAAAAGCCAUGGGCGAGCAGGCGGUGCAGCUCGCGAAAGCGGUCGGGUAUCAAUCCGCCGGGACGGUCGAGUUCCUGGUGGACAAGCACCGCAACUUUUACUUUCUGGAGAUGAACACGCGGCUGCAGGUGGAGCAUCCCGUGACGGAGCUCAUCACUGGGCUGGACCUCGUGGAGCUGAUGCUCAAAGUAGCCGCUGGUCAGAAGCUAAAUCUGACUCAGGAGCGCGCGUGCCGCAUCCAAGGCUGGGCUCUCGAGUCGCGCGUUUAUGCCGAAGACCCGCGGCGGGGCUUCCUCCCUUCCAACGGAAGGCUGCGCACGUAUUCGGAACCGCGCGCGAGGCCCGCGGAGGGAGGUCGAGAGCAGGAGACUGUGCGGCUGGACACCGGGGUGGAGGAGGGGAGCGAGAUCAGCAUUUACUACGACCCGCUUAUCUGCAAGUUGUCGACGCACGGUCCCACCCGCGAGGCGGCCCUAGAGUCCAUGGAGCACGCGCUAGACUCGUACGUCGUGCGGGGACUCACGCACAACAUCCCCUUCCUGCGAUCCGUUAUCUCCGACCCGGACUUCCGGUCCGGCAACAUCACGACCAAGUUCAUUCAGGAGCACUACCCCCAGGGUUGGCAGGGCGACUACUUGACAGACGCUCAAGAGGCCCGGAUGCUCGCGAGCGCGGCAGCCCUCCACGUGGCGAAGCUGCAUCAGCAGUCGUUCUCCAUUUUCCCCAGCGGGGAUCCCAUCAAAUUGACACUCACCGUCGACGCCGGGCAGCAGCACGAGGUGGUGGUCUCGCCGGUGUCAGACGUGACGGGCGAAUACGACGUGAAGUUGGACGGCUCCAAGAUUGCCGUACAGUUGCUGACACCAAAUCCGGGGCAACCGCACCUAGUGGACGUCGACUUCGACGGAAAGAAGCAGCCCAUGUCGUUCCAGAUUAUCAAGAAACUGCCCCGAGGCUUCUCCAUCCUCUUCGCCGGCUCGCAGCAUGACGUGUUGAUUGAGAGGCCGGAUCAAGCAGCCAUGGCGAAGCAUAUGCCGCCCCCUCGAGUCGUGGACUACAGCAAGUUCUUGCGGAGCCCGAUGCCCGGUGCGCUCAUCUCCGUUGCCGUUAAAGAGGGACAAAACGUAUCGCCCGGCGCUGAGCUGGCAGUGGUUGAAGCGAUGAAGAUGCGCAACGUGUUGCGGGCGGAGCAAGAAGGCGUCGUGAAGGCCGUGUCCGCGAAAGUAGGGUCCGUCCUCGCCGCUGAUCAAGUGAUCAUAGAGUUUGAGUAAACGAGAGGGAACUAAAAAUCCUGCGGAAAUCUAUGCUGUAAAUGUUGUACGAGUAAUACCUGUCUUUGAUGUAUAUAGGUAGUUUUAACAGGCGACAGUGCCGAGUUUCUUAAACCUUUAGCAUAGCUGUGCAUUGAGGGGUAAUCAGGGAACGGAUACCCGCGCCGCCUGACGACACUGCACUUCGAUCACGCAGAAUGUAGGAUAAUAGAGUUGAGCUACGGAUUCGCUACUACACCGCCCUGACCAACUUGAGAAACAUAUGCGAGCACGUCAAGACCGCAAGAGGGACAGAACCUUGCCGCCCUGUUUGCUCGUACGUUGGUGCAUGAGUCACCAUGUAAAAUUCGUCACCGUGCAUCAGCACACGCCAA